AGGCCGCGGGCCGCGUCCGGCCCGGUACCGGCUGAGCGCGGGCUGAGUCAUCCGGGUUCCCGCCACCUUCCCUCCCUCGCGGCGGGGCCCGCGGGAUCUCGCUGAGCCUUUCGGUCCGGCACGUGGUGUGGGGGGCGGGCACACGCCACAUGAGGGCCCGGGCCCGGCGGGGUUUUCCGAGCUGAGGCGCAGGCGGAAGGGAGCCGAGCGCUGUCCUCCCCACGGGCACUGGUCCCCGGGUGGGGAACGCUGCCCUGACACCCGCGUUCCAAGGAAAGCAGUGGGUCUCGGGCGGCUUCCGUUGCGGCCACUUGAGGGUUGCUCCUGCCGCCUCGCGGAGGCCACCUGGCGUGGAACAGAGUGAUGAUGGAAACCCGAGGUGUGGGGGGCACUCAGGAGGCAGCUGGAUGUGGGAAACCAGUGAGCAGAGGGCGGCGGCAAAGCCCCGCGGAACUGUGGCUGGUGACAUUCUCCACAGAUGCUGAGGUGCCUAUACCCCUGGCGCUGGCCAUUACUGAGCUGUGGUAGGUGUAGACCGUACCUCCUGAAGCAAAACCUCUUUACGAUGAAGUUGCAGUCUGCAGAAUUCCAGUCGCUUUUCACAGAAGGACUGAAGGGUCUGACAGAGUUGUUCGUCAGGGAGAACCACGAGCUGCGCAUCGCAGGAGGAGCGGUGCGGGACCUGCUGAGCGGGGUCAAGCCACAGGACGUGGACUUCGCCACCACCGCCACCCCCAGCCAGAUGAAGGGCAUGUUUCAGUCUGCCGGCGUGCGCAUGAUCAACAACAAGGGCGAGAAGCACGGGACCAUCACUGCGCGGCUUCACGAAGAGAAUUUUGAAAUCACUACGCUGCGGAUCGACGUCCUGACGGACGGAAGGCACGCCGAGGUGGAAUUCACCACCGACUGGCAGAAGGACGCGGAGCGCAGAGACCUCACUAUAAAUUCUAUGUUUCUAGGUUUUGAUGGUACUUUGUUUGACUACUUUAAUGGUUAUGAAGAUUUAAAAAAUAAGAAAGUGAGAUUUGUCGGACAUGCUAAACAGAGGAUACAAGAAGAUUAUCUUCGAAUUUUAAGGUAUUUCAGGUUUUAUGGGAGAAUCGUAGACAAGCCUGGGGACCACGAUGCUGAGACUUUGGAAGCAAUUGCAGAAAAUGCAAAAGGCUUGGCUGGAAUAUCGGGCGAGAGGAUUUGGGUAGAACUGAAAAAAAUGCUUGUUGGCAACCACGUCAAUCAUUUGAUUCACCUCAUCUAUGACCUUGAUGUGGCUCCUUACAUAGGCUUACCGGCUAACGCAAGUUUAGAAGAAUUCGACAAAGUCAGUAGAAAUGUUGAAGGGUUCUCACCCAAGCCGAUGACUCUCUUGGCCUCAUUAUUCAGAGUGCAGGACGAUGUCACAAAGUUGGACGUGAGGCUGAAGAUUUCAAAAGAAGAGAAAAACCUUGGUUUGUUUAUAGUUAAAAACAGGAAAGAUUUAAUUAAAGCGACGGACAGUGCAGAACCAUUGAAACCUUAUCAAGACUUCGUUAUAGACUGCAGGGAAUCCGAUGCCACGACGCGUGUGUGCGAACUGCUGAAGUACCAGGGCGAGCACGGGCUCCUCAGGGACAUGCAGCAGUGGUCCAUCCCUCCGUUCCCUGUGAGUGGCCACGACAUCAGGAAGGCGGGCAUUUCCUCCGGCAAAGAAAUCGGGGCUCUACUGCAGCAGUUGCGGGAACAGUGGAAGAAAAGCGGCUACCAGAUGGGAAAAGACGAGCUUCUGAGUCACAUAAGGAAGACCUGAGGUCCCCCGGGCCGGUCCCCGCAGGGCCGGGCGGGCGUUCCCGGUAAGACGCCUGUGCGCCUCUCUCCCCCGAGCGAUGUUGAAGGGACUGGACCGUGUGGCGGAAUGAAAGCCAGCGUGGAGGACCUCCUCAGGAAAAUAAAGGUUUAAUUUUGUGAAAUAGAAUUGUUUCUGACACUAAUCUGAUGUCCUCCUUCUCUUACUGAUAUACAUCGCUGAGCCGUAUUCUUUUGGGCUGUUGGCUAAGACAAGCGGAGUUGGCUUCAUCUUUUUCUUUUAUUUUUUUUAGGGCAGUAAUAACUUCUAUCUCAAAAAGUGGUAUCGCAGAACUUUGAAAAGAGUAUUUCUUGGCGGUGUUUGCAAUUGAAAUAACUGGGCUAUUUUAUACAAUUGCCUAAGAUAAGUGUCAGUUCUUAGCUGAAUUCCUAAAUAAACGUGUACUUGAAAAUA